AGUUUUUUUGCGUGCAACUCGACAAGAAUAUGACAGAUGUUGGUUCCAGAGACAUAGAAUUGAUUAUGAAGCACACAGUGGUGAAGCCAGACAUGGAUCUGAUCGACUUUAAUGUCACCCUCAUACACAUCUGUGCGCUCUGGAGCAAUGUUGAAGGUGAUUUUAAUGUCUCCACGAUCUAUUAUGGCUGUAAUCAGGCCAUUCAAAGGGGUCUUCUGUCCUAGAACCACCACCAGAUAGUUAUUGUCUCACCAUGCAGCAGGGCAUCGAUCCACGCGAGGCCUACUGCUCGUACAUUUUCCAUCCGGGUCGAUUCGAUCGGACUGUGAUUACCAAGGCCUUAUAUAUGUUCCGACGCGUCAACCUGCAGUUUGAUGUUAGGCAGCUGUCGAUGACAGUGCUCAAGGAGCGGGUGUACCAGGCUGUCAAGGAUGAGAUCCAGAAGAAGUUCAAAGAGCUUGUCGUCAGUGAUGGAAAUCGCCACUAGGCUAUGGGAUCGUGUCUACUCCUGCUGCGAGCCACAUCAAGUAAUCGGAGCCCAUUGGUUUGGUUUUUCCAUAUUGGGUGCCUCAUUAGGCGGCAAUCUUUUUCCCUGCUACGUCCAUGCGAACUGUGGGAGCAUAUUCUGCUCAUUGGGGAGCAAGCCAACAAUGUGGCCUCGCUGAUGGCCCCAUUCUUUCGAGACAAUCUCACAAUGUCGACGGCAUUCGCUGAGCUAAUAAGGAUUAUCAUUCAGUUGGAAAAGACCCUCCCAGAGAAUGUCAAAAUGGAAA